GGUCCUUCCGCGGAGCCCGUGUACCGAUCUGCCGGUUCCUCCAGCUCGCCGUGCCCGGCCUAAGUAGCGCUAAGGUGAGGGCUCGGCGGUGCGGGCUGAGGCGGAAGGACGUGUCCCAGGGACAGUCUAUGCAGAGCGCCCUAGGCGGACGGGGUACGGCGCCCCCAGGCUUCAGGAUCCAACCCAGCUGCCGCGCUCCCGAGCCACUGUACAACAAUCCCAGCCAUUUUCGCCGCGCAGGAUGGCUGUUCUUCUGAAGAGGCUGACGCUGCAAACCUCAAUUGGAAGAUGUUUCAGAAAAUCCAUUGCGAAGCCAGACCCGGCACAGCUGUCCCUGGCUGCCUCCACCACGAAGCUCGUGUACCUCACCUCUGCCAGAGGUUUCAGUAGUGCUGGAGAUGCCCACAGUGAGAAGAGACAGAAGAGGAAAGAUGCUUUUACUAACACUGGCAGGAAGAUCGGCCAGCGGAUCAUCCGCGUCCUGGAUGAGAAAGGCAGUGACCUGGGACUCAUGCACCGAGCCGAUGUGAUCAGGCUCAUGGACAAGCAGGACUUGAGGCUGGUGCAGAGGAACACCAGCUCAGAGCCGCCAGAGUACCAGCUCAUGACCGGAGCGCAGAUCCACCAGGAGCGGCUCAAGUUCCGGGAACAGGAAAAGGCCACCCCAAAAGCUGGACCAGCUGUGACAAAGGAACUCAUUUUUUCUUCAAAUAUUGGACAGCAUGAUUUGGACACAAAGAGUAAACAGAUUCAGCAGUGGAUUGAGAAAAAAUACCAAGUUCAAGUCACAAUAAAGAAGGGGAAAAAUGCAGACCAGCCAGGGAAUGAGCCGGAUGAGAUAUUGAACCAGAUUCUGCAGACGAUGCCUGGAAUAGCAACCUUCUCAAGCAGACCGAAAGCCAUUAAAGGAGGAGCAGCCUCCACAUGUGUUUUUCGUCCCUUAAGCAAGAAAGAAGAGAAGGCAUACAGAGACACUCAGGAGGCGGAGAGAAGAGACACUCUGAGCAAGGAUAACAGAAACACGGAGUCAGAAGUUCUGUGUCACUGACUUUAAUAAAAAAAAAAAAUCCAGGCUCAUGCAGAAGCUACUGCUGGCUGCUCUAGAGUCCCUCAUGUGGCCAGUGCUGCUCACUGGAGGGUAAGUGAUGCAGCUGGUGGGAGCAUCUGGCCUUGCGGGCUGCUGCCGGACUGUGCACUUUUAGGCUCGGAGGAGUCUGGCUCUGGUUUCCUUUUAGGAGGGAGGUACCCACUGAGGCGAGAGACCAAGCUCCGUCUUUCCCGAUGUGGUUUUACCUUUGGGAGUAAGGAAAACAGACAACUGAAUUCCUCAUCAGAAUUGCUUGUUUCACAACCAUAUCCACUUCGAUGGAGUCACACCUUCAACAAGUGGACACACACAGCGGUGGGGGCGGGCCAGGUGGAGUCACACCUACAACAGGUGGACACAGCCGUGGGGGUGGGGAACAGAUGCCAAGCAGACCUUACAGCUGAGUGCUGGUGCAAGCAGCUCGACUUACUUUGAGCUUCAUCCUCUUCUUGUCAGGAUCGUGCACAACGCUGUGCCUUAUGAGGCUUUGCUGCAGUGCAGGAAAAAGGAGCCACUUUAGAAACCCUUGGUCCAGGGCUGGAGAGCUGGCUCAGUGGUUAGAACAUGUGCCACUCUUGCAGGACCAGGUUUAGUUCCCAGAAACCACAUGGCGGCUCAGAACCACAUGUAUGCUGGUUCCAAUAAUUACGAUUUAAAAAAAAUUAAAAACUCUUGGGUAUCUGCUGCUAAUAUUAAAAUGUCAUGAAAUGCUGCAAACUA